CACCGGCUCGCACGAGCUGAUCCAGAGCAGAAAACACGCAGAGACACGCGCGCCGCUCCGAACUGCCACAGACUUCAGGUGAAUUCCUCUUGCGUGGAUCCCUCACGCCUCCUCUCCUCUCCCCGCAGUCAUGGACUCGCUCUACUCCGACAUCGACAGCAACAGCUGCAACUUCUUCCCGCACAGCGAAGACGAGGAGUCCCGAGGCCCGCGCUGCGCGUCCCUGCAGCCUGAGCAGCAGCAGAAGAAGCAGCAGCGUCGCGGUCGCGCGCGCAGCGACGCGACGGUGCAGGUGGUGAAGAAGAACCGGCGCCUGAAAGCCAACGACCGCGAGCGUAACCGCAUGCACAACCUGAACGACGCGCUGGACGCGCUGCGCGGCGUGCUGCCCGCAUUCCCGGACGAGACGAAGCUGACGAAAAUCGAGACUCUGCGGUUUGCGCACAACUACAUCUGGGCGCUGUCCGAGACCAUCCGCAUCGCGGACCUGCAGGCGGGUAAGGUCGGAGAGCCGCCCGUGCUGCUCAGCCCGUGCCUAGCCGAGGCCCCUAGCCCGGGCAGCGAUGCCUGCUCCUGGAGCUCCAGCGGCUCCUCGUCCUCCUCCUCCCCGGCCUACUGCGCAUCCAGCCCGGGCAGCCUCGCCGCCCCCGAGGACUACAGCUACCUGCGGCAGGACGCGCUGUACGGCUUCCGCAGCUUCGUGCCGGGCAUCUACUGA